UUGCCUCAUCAGCUGUGAAGCGUGUGCUUUAGCGUUGUUGGAGGCCUGAUUUCCCGGAGAGGGAGGGGAAAGGUUGCAGCCACUCCUAGUAGGGGGGUCGCCGAGGUCACUGUAGUGGGUUCGCGGUGUUGGCUGGGCGGCGCCAUGGCGGAAAGAAAAGGAACGGCCAAAGUGGAUUUUUUGAAGAAGAUUGAGAAAGAAAUCCAACAGAAAUGGGAUACUGAUAAAGUGUUUGAGGUCAAUGCAUCUAAUUUAGAGAAGCAGACUAGCAAGGGCAAGUUCUUUGUAACCUUUCCAUAUCCAUAUAUGAAUGGGCGCCUUCACUUGGGACACACAUUUUCUUUAUCCAAAUGUGAGUUUGCAGUAGGGUAUCAGAGAUUGAAAGGAAAAGUUUGUCUGUUUCCCUUUGGUUUACAUUGUACUGGAAUGCCUAUUAAGGCAUGUGCUGAUAAGUUGAAAAGAGAAAUAGAGCUAUAUGGUUGCCCCCCUGAUUUUCCAGAUGAAGAAGAGGAAGAGGAAGAAAUCAGUGCUAAAACAGAGGACAUAAUAAUUAAGGAUAAAGCUAAAGGGAAAAAGAGUAAAGCUGCUGCUAAAGCUGGAUCUUCUAAAUACCAGUGGGGCAUUAUGAGAUCCCUUGGGCUGUCUGAUGAAGAGAUUGUCAAAUUUUCUGAAGCAGAACAUUGGCUUGAUUACUUCCCACCACUGGCUAUUCAGGAUCUGAAGAGAAUGGGUUUGAAGGUAGACUGGCGUCGUUCCUUCAUCACCACUGAUGUUAAUCCUUAUUAUGAUUCAUUUGUCAGGUGGCAGUUUUUAACAUUAAGAGAGAGAAGCAAAAUUAAAUUUGGGAAACGGUAUACCAUUUAUUCUCCAAAAGAUGGACAACCUUGUAUGGAUCAUGACAGACAAACUGGAGAGGGUGUUGGGCCUCAGGAGUAUACUUUAAUCAAAUUGAAAGUGCUUGAGCCUUACCCGUCCAAAUUAAGUGGCCUAAAAGGAAAAAAUGUCUUCUUGGUAGCUGCUACUCUUAGACCUGAGACCAUGUUUGGACAGACAAACUGUUGGGUUCGCCCUGAUAUGAAGUACAUUGGGUUUGAGACGGCGAAUGGUGAUAUAUUCAUUUGCACCCAGAGAGCGGCCAGGAAUAUGUCAUACCAGGGCUUUACCAAAGACAAUGGAGUGGUGCCUGUUGUCAAGGAGUUAAUGGGAGAGGAAAUUCUUGGUGCUUCGCUUUCUGCACCUCUAACAUCUUACAAGAUCAUCUAUAUUCUCCCAAUGCUCACCAUCAAGGAGGAUAAAGGCACUGGUGUGGUCACAAGUGUUCCUUCUGAUUCUCCUGAUGAUUUUGCUGCCCUUAGAGAUUUGAAGAAAAAGCAGGCCUUACGAGCAAAGUAUGGAAUUAGGGAUGACAUGGUCUUGCCGUUUGAGCCGGUGCCAGUCAUUGAAAUCCCAGGCUUGGGAAAUCUUUCUGCUGUAACCAUUUGUGAUGAGUUGAAAGUUCAGAGCCAGAAUGAUCGAGAAAAACUUGCAGAAGCAAAGGAGAAGUUAUAUCUAAAAGGGUUUUAUGAUGGUGUAAUGUUGGUGAAUGAAUUUAAAGGACAGAAGGUUCAAGAGGUGAAGAAGACUAUUCAGAAAAAGAUGAUUGACACUAGAGAUGCAUUUAUUUACAUGGAACCAGAGAAACAAGUUAUGUCCAGGUCUGCAGAUGAAUGUGUUGUGGCCCUGUGUGACCAGUGGUACUUGGACUAUGGAGAAGAGAACUGGAGAACGCAGACAUUCCAGUGUUUGAAAGACCUGGAAACAUUCUGUGAAGAGACCCGGAGGAAUUUUGAAGCUACUUUAGGUUGGCUGCAGGAGCAUGCUUGCUCAAGAACUUAUGGUUUAGGUACUCGUUUACCUUGGGAUGAUCAGUGGCUGAUUGAGUCGCUCUCUGAUUCCACAAUCUAUAUGGCAUUUUACACAGUUGCACACUUGUUGCAGGGGGGUCACUUGCGUGGACAGGCAGAGUCUCCUCUGGGCAUCAGACCACAACAGAUGACCAAAGAAGUUUGGGAUUAUAUUUUCUUCAAGAAAGCCCCAUUUCCUAAGACUCAGAUCCCAAAGGAAAAAUUAGAUCAGUUAAAGAAGGAAUUUGAAUUCUGGUAUCCUGUAGAUCUUCGAGUCUCUGGCAAGGAUCUUGUUCCAAAUCAUCUUUCAUAUUACCUAUAUAAUCAUGUGGCUAUGUGGCCAGAACAAAGUGACAAAUGGCCUGUAGCUGUAAGAGCAAAUGGACAUCUCCUCCUCAAUUCUGAGAAGAUGUCAAAAUCCACAGGCAACUUCCUCACUUUGACCCAAGCUAUUGACAAAUUUUCAGCAGACGGAAUGCGUUUAGCUCUGGCUGAUGCUGGUGAUACUGUUGAGGAUGCAAACUUUGUGGAAGCCAUGGCUGAUGCAGGUAUUCUCCGUCUGUACACCUGGGUGGAGUGGGUGAAAGAAAUGGUGGCCAACUGGGACAGCCUAAGAAGUGGCCCUGCCAGUACCUUCAAUGAUAGAGUUUUUGCCAGUGAGAUGAAUGCAGGAAUUAUAAAAACAGAUCAAAACUAUGAAAAGAUGAUGUUUAAAGAAGCUUUGAAAACAGGGUUUUUUGAGUUUCAGGCUUCGAAAGAUAAGUAUCGUGAAUUGGCCAUUGAAGGGAUGCACAGAGACCUUGUGUUCCGGUUCAUCGAGGUGCAGACUCUUCUCUUGGCUCCAUUCUGUCCACAUUUGUGUGAACACAUCUGGACACUUCUGGGAAAGCCUGACUCACUUAUGAAUGCCUCAUGGCCUGUGGCUGGUCCUGUGGAUGAAGCCUUGAUUCGUUCCUCUCAGUAUCUCAUGGAAGUUGCACAUGACCUUAGACUGCGACUCAAGAGCUAUAUGAUGCCAGCUAAAGGGAAGAAGACUGACAAGCAGCCCCCUCAGAGACCUUCGCACUGUACCAUCUAUGUGGCGAAGAACUAUCCAUCUUGGCAGCACAUCACCCUGUCAGUUUUACGCAGGCACUUUGAGACCAACAAUGGAAAAUUGCCUGAUAACAAAGUCAUUGCUAGUGAACUAGGCAAUUUGCCAGAAUUGAAGAAAUACAUGAAGAAAGUGAUGCCAUUUGUCGCCAUGAUUAAGGAAAAUCUGGAGAAGAUGGGACCUCGUGUUCUGGAUUUACAGUUAGAAUUUGAUGAACAGGCAGUGCUUAUGGAAAAUAUAGUCUACCUGACCAAUUCCCUUGAGCUAGAACACAUAGAAGUCAAGUUUGCCUCUGAAGCAGAUGAUAAAGUCAGGGAAGAUUGCUGCCCUGGAAAACCACUUAAUGUCUUUAGAACUGAACCUGGUGUGUCAGUUUCCCUAGUGAAUCCUCAGCCAUCCAAUGGCCAUUUUUCAACCAAAAUUGAAAUCAGGCAAGGUGAUAACCGCGAUUCUAUAAUCAGGCGCUUAAUGAAAAUGGACCGAGGAAUUAAAGACUUAUUUAUGCAUACAAGAACUGGGAUACAGGCCAGAGACACAGGAGUGUGAGAGGACUCACCAGAGACAGAGUGGGGAACAGAACAGGCAGACGACCGAAAACACUGCUGAGAGGAGAGUAGGGGGCGAGACAGGAGAGGUCUGCCUCACCAUUUGGGUAUCUCCCUGGCCGGCCGGGAAUCGAACCUGCACUGCAGAGGCUGUGGACAACUUCACAGCGCUGUACUCAACCCACUGUGCCACCGGAAGGCCUGGAAUUCAUUCUUCCAUGUGUUUUUUGUUCUUUUGAAGUCAUUUGUCCACCUUUUGUGGACCUUCCUUGAGAGAUUACUGUGUGAAGUGUGUGUAGAGAUAAGUGUGACUGUGGAGACUCCUGUGUCUGCACUGGGGAGCUUGGGGAGGCCACAGAGUAGUGCUCUUUAGGAGGCUGCAUCUGGGGACGGGGCAGGGAACUGAGCCACUUGAGUACAUAGUCAUAAUCGGAGAGAAACUGCUGAGUGCAGUAAGAGAGGGAUAGGUAAAAUUUACAGCACAGAAAAAAGUGGGAUUAUUUCUAGUUGUUGGUAAUCAGAGAUGGAUUUAUGAAGAAAAUAUUUUUUGUGAAAUAUUAUUCCGCAGUCAAAAAGGAUAAACUCAUGCCAUUUGCAGCAACAUGGAUGGAGCUGAAGGAAUCAUGUUCAGUGAAUGAAAUAAGUCAGCAGAAAAAAGAAAAAUAUCGGAUGGUUUCACUUAUAGGAGGAAUAUAGGGGAACCAAAUAAGGCAUCAGGGAAAAAAAGCAAUAACAAUACAAAACGCAACAAAACAAAAACAGACAAAUUAUAAAUCAGAGACAUCCCGCAGGGGAGGA